AUGCCUCCUAAAAAGCCAAUUCGGUUUGAGGAUUUGGGGCUUUCAACACCAUUGCCUCGAGUGUUGUCAACAACUCGAGAGCAAAAAAAGAAGGAAAAACAUGAAAUUAAAAAGGAAAAGAAUGCACGGCUAAAAGUGGCAGAGGAACAACUUUCUCUGGUAAAGGCUACUGUAGAAAAACACAAGGCUUUUGUGAAAAAGGAAAUUGCGCUUCAAAAGGAAAAAAAAGCAGAAAGAAGAAAGGCAAUGUUUGCUUUACAAGAAUGCAUCCGACAGAAAAGAGAGGUAGAGGAGGCGUUUCAGAAACAGAAGUCUUUUAUUGCACACGAGAAUUAUGUUUCCAACUUGAAAAUAGGUCGCGCAUUGGAUGAAAAAAUACAAGAAGAAGUUCAAGAAGCUAUCGAUCGAGAAACAAAAGAGCUUGCAAAAUAUGCUCCGAAAAAUGUGCAUAUUUUAGUCUGUCGCAACCCUGAAAUCGAAAAGACCAGGAAAGAUCUUCCCGUUUUACGGGAAGAACAAGCAAUUGUUGAGGCAAUCAAUAAUAGUUCUCGCACCUGUGUUCUUAUAUGUGGUGAGACAGGAAGCGGGAAAACGACACAAAUUCCCCAGUUUUUGUGGGAAUGUGGAUAUGGUGAUCCAAAGGGUUCAGUCUUUGGAAGGGAAGGAGCGAUACUGAUUACGGAACCCAGGCGCGUGGCAGCAGUUUCAAUGGCAAAACGUGUAGCCGAAGAAUUAAAUACUUCAUUUGGAGGAAUGGUAUGUUAUCAUGUGCGAUAUGAUAAUAAUCUUUCAGAAAAUUUUAAAGUGAAGUUUGCUACCGAAGGUAUUGUUUUGAAGGAGAUUCAAUCGGAUUUCCUAUUAAAAAAAUACAGUGUUGUUGUGGUUGAUGAGGCGCAUGAAAGGAGUCUCGCAGGGGAUAUUUUGAUUGGUCUUUUGUCGCGGAUUUUACCAUUAAGAAAUGAUCUUCACUUGGAGGAACUGAGAAAACAUAAUGGUAUUGUGUCAAAAACGAAUAUAAAGCCUCUAAAAUUAGUUAUCAUGUCUGCCACAAUGAGAGUUGAAGAUUUUAGAGAGAAUAAUCGUCUCUUUUCUAUUCCGCCACCGUUAUUAAAUGUGGAUGCUCGUCGUUUUCCGGUAACGAAUCAUUUUGCGAAGCGGACUGAAAUUAAGAAUUACACCGAUGAAGCAUUUCGAAAAUUUGUCAGAUACAUAGGAAGUUGCCGCC